UGUACCUCUUUUCCCUCAGAUCCAGCCAGGAAGUCGGCGGUCGCUUUUCCUCCUUGUGGGCCGUGAGGCGAGUUAAGGUUUGAGCGAGUCGUGGGGUCGGGUUGCUGAUCGCUAGGUUUCUGCUUCUGUCGCCUUUUAUUUCCCGUCUGGGGAUGGCGACGUACACCUGCAUCACCUGCCGAGUGGCGUUCGCCGACCCGGAGGUGCAGCGGGCCCACUACAAGACAGACUGGCACCGCUACAACUUGAAGCGGAAGGUGGCGGACAUGGCCCCGGUCACCGCCGAGGGCUUCCAGGAGCGCGUGCGGGCGCAGCGGGCCGUGGCGGAGGAGGAGAGCAAGGGCACGGCCACCUACUGCACCGUCUGCAGUAAGAGGUUCGCCUGUUUGAACGCCUACGAAAACCACCUCAAGUCCCGGCGGCACGUGGAGCUGGAGAGGAAGGCCGUGCAUCGCAAGGUGGAAAUGAUGAAUGAAAAGAACUUGGAGAAAGGGUUGGGCGUGGACAGUGUCGACAAGGAUGCCAUGAACACGGCCAUCCAGCAGGUCAUCAAGGCUCAGCCGUCUCCCAAGAAGGCCCCGGCAGCGCCCAGGAAGGAGUCCGGGAGUCCCGGCGCGGCGGCCGAUGGAGGCCGUGGGACUGACGACCGCGACCCGGCCGAGAAACCUCCCCGGUUACAGUGGUUUGAACGGCAGGCGAAGAAGCUGGCAAAGCAGCAGGAGGAGGAGGAGGAGAGUGGGGAGGACCUGGAUGGAGACGAUUGGGAAGAUAUUGAUUCUGAUGAAGAAUUGGAAUGUGAAGAUGCUGAAUCGAUGGACGAAGUGGAGGAGCAGGAUGCAGAGGCUGGAGGAGGUGUCCCCCUAGGUGCCAUCUCUAUAAAGGACUGCUUAUUUUGUCCCCAUCAUUCAAGCUCCCUCAUGAAGAAUGUGGCUCAUAUGACUAAAAUCCAUAGCUUCUUUAUUCCUGACAUAGAAUAUCUUUCGGAUCUUAAGGGACUGAUUCAGUAUUUGGGAGAGAAAGUAGGUGUUGGGAAGAUUUGCUUGUGGUGCAAUGAGAAAGGGAAGUCCUUCUACUCCACAGAAGCUGUACAAGCGCACAUGAAUGACAAAAGCCACUGUAAGCUCUUCACAGAUGGUGACGCUGCUUUGGAAUUUGCAGAUUUCUAUGACUUUAGGAGUAGCUAUCCAGAUCACAAGGAAAGGGAGGAGCCUGAUGAGAUUGAGGGGUUGCCCUCAGAAAAGACCUUGGAUUAUGAUGAUGAAACCAUGGAGCUGAUUCUACCUUCUGGUGCCAGAGUGGGUCAUCGCUCACUGAUGAGAUACUACAAACAGCGAUUUGGCUUGUCAAGAGCUGUGGCAGUUGCCAAGAAUCAGAAGGCUGUGGGCCGGGUACUCCAGCAGUACAGAGCCCUGGGAUGGACGGGCAGCACAGGAGCAGCUCUUAUGAACAAGCGAGACAUGCAGUAUGUCCAAAGGAUGAAAUCUAAAUGGUUGCUGAAGACAGGAAUGAAGAACAAUGCCACCAAGCAGAUGCACUUUAGGGCCCAAGUGAUGUUCUGAGGGUCUGCUGCAGAUUGAGUCAUCGUCUCCUGCACAGGUGUCCUCCUUGCCUGAGGACCAGCAGAAGCCUUUUUGCUGCUACUUCUCCUUGUACUUCAUCUAAUAAAAAGCAGAAUUAUAUUGGCUUUCAAAUGUUAUUUCUGGACAAGGUUUAAAGGUUAUGUUUUCACAAAAUGAGCAGUGUGUCUCCUGGACUCAGAACUUGCACUACUGCUGGGCAGUGUCUUUAUUGCCUCAGCUUUUAUCUGAUUUAUGGCUGUCAGAGUAAUAUGGGAAACUCAGGAGUGACUCGUUCGUUCCAAAGUAUAACUUUCAGAAGAAUAACAUACCAGAUUUGGAACCUAGUAAGGGAGCUUUGUUGAAUGUCAUUCAUUUGAGUGUAUCGUGGCUCAUGAGGUGGUGAAAGUCUCCGGGCACAUUCAUUAAAUCCAGCCAAGGUGAAGAGCAUGCCAAUGGCUUGCUGUAAAGGUUCUUUAUUUCUAAAUGUGGACACACAAGAAUGACGGUGCUGUGCACUGUUUCCAGCGCCGCCUUUACUUGAGCAGUUUGCUUAA